AUAUUCCAGUCAUAUAAAUCAUGGAUUGAGGAAACCUUCUCCAGGAGAGAAUGUAUAAAGUUUAUCCCCUCUUCCAGAGAUUUACACAGAUGCAGUCCAUUAUGUCAAGUAUGUCAAAACUUGAUCAGGUGCUGCUGUGGUCGUCUAAUGGUGGAACACUCUUGGCAAGAGGCACCUCCACACAUGGUCAUUUUUCCUGGUCCUGAACAAGAUUUGGAAGAGGAAUGGUCCUUGGAGCUACACACUAGCGACAGUCCAACCGACGCCUAUGGGACUAUAGACUUUCAGGACAGUGCAACACGCGUCUGUCGGGCCAAGUUCGUGCGUGUGGCUCUUGACUCAAAGCCAGAGGCACUUCUCCAGCUGAUGCUGAGGGAAUGGCAAAUGGAUAGACCCAAGCUCUUACUUACUGUCCAUGGAGGAUCUGAGAACUUCACCCUUUCGCCCAAAGUCAAACAAGCCUUUAGUAAAGGCCUGAUCACUGCAGCCCGCAGCACAGGUGCAUGGAUUCUUACUGAUGGUAUUAAUACUGGGGUGUCCAAGUAUGUGGGUGAGGCAGUGAAAACAUAUGGUGGUCACAACCUGAGAAAGAGGAAUACCAUAGGAAUCACACCGUGGGGCGUGAUCGACAACAACACGGACUUUAUAGGAAGAGAUAUCUUCAGGCCUUACCAGCCACUUGGGAACCCUUUGAGCAAGAGAGCCUAUCUUAACGGUUUCCACUCCCACUUUCUCCUGGUAGAUGAUGGAACACUAGGAAAAUUGGGUUGCCAAGAAGGCCUAAGGAAGAAACUGGAGAAACACAUUCAACUGCUAAAAAUUCACCCCCGACUGAACCAAAAAGUGCCAAUGGUGUGUGUGAUAGUAGAAGGAGGCCCUGCCAUUGUGUCCACAGUGCUGGACUAUGUCAGCAAUAACCCACCUGUACCGGUCAUUGUGUUUGAGGGAUCUGGAAGGGCUGCAGACCUGUUUGCCUUUUUAUAUAAACACACGGGUAUUGACAGACAGUUAGAUGCAGACAUUAAGCAGGACUUCCUUAUAAGGAUUGGAGAUAUGUUUGGCGUUGAUAGAGAGGAAGCAUCUCACCUUUGCAAUCUCCUCCUGGAAUGUAUGGAUCACAGAAAAUCUAUAACCAUUUUUGAUUCAGAGUCAGAUGACCAGAUGGCUCCAGAUGCCACCAUUUUAACCGCCAUUCUCAAGGGCACAAAGGCAAGUGCUGCAGAGCAGCUGAGUAUGACUUUAGCAUGGGACAGGGCUGACAUUGCACAGAAAAACGUUCUGGUGUAUGGGCAACAGUGGCAGGUGGGUUCAUUGGAACAGGCAAUGCUGGAUGCUUUGGUGAUGGAUCGUGUGAGUUUUGUCAAACUGCUUAUUGAAAACGGAAUGACUAUGAGUCACUUCCUCACCGUGGAUCGCCUGGAGGAACUUUAUAAUACGCCUCUCGUGCAAACUGACCAUUUUCUUCAUCACCUUGUUGAAGAUGUAAAAAAGACCUCCCUACCGCUGGCCUACCGGUUGUCUCUCAUUGACAUAGGCUUGGUCAUUGAAUACCUCAUAGGAGGAGCAUACCGGAGUACCUACACCCGUAAACAUUUCAGAACAGCCUACAACAGACUGCAGAACAAGGAAAGUAGACGUGUCAGUACCUCGUCUUUGUCCAGACAAAAAAAGGGAAUGAAACCAAACUCUCAAAGGAGUGGAAGUCCCCAAGAACCCCAUUUCUUUAGAACAGCUCAGCCUUACAAAUGCAAGGACCAGCAUGUACCAGACGGUACACGUGAAAAGGGUGUAUGGCCAUCCGGUCUAUGUGAAACACCAUUAGUUUUUUCUUUCAACUUUAAUGACGUCUUCGUGUGGGCUGUGCUCCAGCAACGCCAGCAGAUGGCAAUGUUCCUAUGGCAGCAUGGCGAAGAGGCGCUUGCUCGGGCCACAGUGGCCUGCAAGAUGUACCGCUCCAUGGCCUUUAAAGCACGGCAAAGCAGCACAGAUGACCACAUUGCAGAACGGUUCAAAGCAUAUUCACUGGAAUUUGGUCAGCUGGCAGAGAAUGUCUUAAACUGUGCAUUUCGUCAGAAUGAGAAGAUGGCAAUGAAGCUACUCACUUCUGAGAUGGAGGCAUGGAGCCACUUUACAAGCCUGCAAAUGGCAGUUUCUUCAUGCCACAGACCUUUUGUUUCGCACUCGUGCACACAGACUCUCCUUACUGAUCUAUGGACUGGGCCACUGAACAUGAGAAAAAACUCAUUUUUAAAGAUCAUUCUGAGCCUCCUUCUGCCUCCUGCCAUUUUGCUUCUGGAAUUCAAAAGUAAAGCCGAAAUGUGCCAUGUACCACAGUCAAAUGAGGCAAUUCUUUUUGGACGUGACACAGGAGCAACUCAUGACAAAACGGAUCACGUGGCUAACCAGGAUACAGAGCAUGGACUCCCAUCCCAGGACCGAUGUCUUGGUUCAGGAUCUAAAGGCCUUUUCUCAAUCACUUUGCAUAGUGUGUCCUGGAUCCGGAAAUUCUAUGAAUUUUAUACAGCCCCAGUUGUUAAAUUCUGGUUCCAUACAAUGUCAUACCUUGCUUUCUUGAUGUUAUUCUCAUACGCCAUUUUAGUUAAGAUGGAUGAUCAACCCAGUGAGCAGGAAUGGUUGGUCAUUUUGUAUGUAUUAACUACAGCAAUGGAGAAAACCAGAGAGGUGCUUAUGUCAGAACCAAGGAAGCUCAGGCAGAAGCUGAAGAUUUGGUUCUCUGAAUACUGGAACUUAUCGGACUUCAUUGCCAUCGUACUCUUCCUGUUUGGUUUGGUGCUGCGUUGGCAUGCUGACCCAUACCGCACAGCAGGACGGAUUGCCUACUGUCUGGACAUUAUAUUUUGGUUUGUCAGGGUGAUGGAUCUGCUGGCUGUCAACCAACACGCUGGUCCCUACCUUACAAUGAUCACCAAAAUGACCUCUAACAUGUUCUUUAUUGUGGUGAUGAUGGCAAUUGUACUGCUCAGUUUUGGGGUAUCCAGGAAGGCCAUCCUGUCACCAGAUGAAAAGCCAUCAUGGAGUUUAGCUCGUGAUGUUGUGUUCCAGCCUUACUGGAUGAUCUACGGAGAGGUCUACGCAUCAGAGAUAGAUCCUUGUGAUGAUGGCCGUCCGUGUGCUCCUGCUUCGUUCCUCACAGGAUUCCUUCAAGCUGUCUAUAUGUUUUUCCAAUACAUAAUCAUGGUCAACAUUCUCAUUGCAUUUUUUAACAACAUCUACUUUGAUAUGGCAUCAACUUCCAAUAAGUUGUGGAAGUACAACCGCUAUCGCUACAUAAUGACCUAUCUGGACAGACCAUGGCUUCCUCCACCCUUAAUUGUCCUGAGUCACAUAACUAUUGGUUUGAGAGCUAUUUACAAGCACCUUAAUGGAAUUUCUAAGGGAGAUGAAAGAAGCUCUGGACUUAAGCUCUAUUUAGGCGAUGAUGACAGAAAGAAACUCCAUGAAUUUGAAGAGAAAUGCGUCCAGGCCUACAUCUAUGAGAAAAAUCGAGAUCUCCUCAGCAGUCAAAUGAACAGGAUCAGAGUCACAGCUGAUAGAACAGAAGAGAUGUGCACGAUGGUUGGGGAAGUUUCUGAGAAAGUCACAGUCAUUCAGGACAGCCUUAUGAAGCUGGACUCUCAGCUUGGUCAACUUCAGGACUUGUCGGCGCUUGCUGUUGACACACUCACUCUGCUGUCUGCCUCUGAUAACCUGCAUCAAGAGGAAACUCGUCUUGCUCAAUCCCAACCGAUCAAAACAUCCCGACACGUCCUCCCUCAGAGCUGGAGUGUGCUCCACAGAGGUGGUGCAGAGUAUGAUGAGGCUAAUAGGAGACAAAUGAUGUGCAAACCUUGUAAAAGUACUCCACCUUCAUUAAUUAAAGGGUACACUCAUAGACAUGUGCCGCAGGAGUCCCACCUGGAAGUCAGAGGAAGCAGGGGGGACAGAGAAAGAUUGUCAGGGAAGGGUGAAAAAGAGUCGCUUGAUGCCCACCAUCCUAACGAGUUGUGUGUUGGUGUAUCUCGAACUGCAUCCCUCUCGACAAUUUUGCCCCUUCAUGGAGUUGGAAGCCAGUUUAGUGGUUUCAGCGAUCAGACAUCUUAUGAAUCACGUGGCCCAUCCAGCAGUGAGUCUCCUUUCUCUCACAAGUUUACGGACAGACUGGACUCACCACGUUAUAAACUGUGGAGCUGUGACCAACACCUUUACCCAAAUUGUGAGGAAAUUGACGUGGAAGAGGAAGAAGUCAGUGGAGACGAUGAAGAAAUAAAUCAGAAAGAGCUGACUCAUGAAAAUCUCUAUAAUUUAGAAGUAUUGAGACAUAGUGGUGAUAUUCUUCUUUCUGAUCCCACUAAGAUCUCUAAGGAUUUUGAAAAUUGUACCUGUUUGGAUGACCACCAACUCUCCGGUAAUUCCCAGAACAGACCUUGUGCAAAAUCUCCAAGGUCAUCCUAUUUGUCAAGAGACUACCCUUAUGGCUACUGCAGAUCUUUGUCAUCCAGUGUGGAGAAUAUGACUUUCUCUGGUGCAUCCCUGAUUCCAAGAGGGGGGUCAUUUCCUUAUCUUAAUGAAGCAUUUAAAAAGCGUGGUGGUAAAAGAAGUUUGAGAGAUGACACAUUCUUACAGUGGAGCAAAAGCAGAGAGUGGUGUAAGUCAUUUGAGUUUACUCAAGUCUUGAACAGAAGAAGAAGAAACCCAAAUCGAAAGACGGUCAAAAUACAAGAAAGCUGCCAAGACGAUGGAACCAUGCACACAUUUCUGUCUGACGCUUGCUGGAAACGAUGGCAAAAGUUGAAAGGAGAACCUACAUGUUGGUCAGCUUCAGCUAGCCUCACCCAGCUUAAUUUUGAGCCCCUGGAUUUGCAGAAGCAAGUUUUUUCUCAUCAGGACGUCUUGAGUCCUACUCAUUCAGCAUGGAACAGCUGGGCGAGAUCAGUUAGCCGCACAUCUUCGUCGCAGAGUGUUAUUGCUGCUGAAGGGAGUUCAACAUUCCAGUCCACGGAUAUGUUGUAUCCACAUUAUUCAGCCAUGGAAAGAAACAACCUAAUGAGACUGGCUCACACCAUCCCAUUUACUCCAGUUUCCAUUCUAGGUGGUGAAGAGGUGAGCAUUUAUACACUGGAAGAAGCUCACUCAGAGACCGACCCUGAAGCAGAAAUAGUCUCUUCAUGGUCUUCCCGAGGCUUGUCAGCAAUAGUUCAGUUGCUGCCUAGUGAAGAGGGCUCUCUGGAAGGGGGUUUGCGGCAGGGGUUCAGGGUUCUCUGCACCUGGGCCGAACAGAAUGUCCUCACACCUGGGCAGGUGUAUGUGGUCAAAGCAUUCAGACCAGAGGUGGUGUCUGCUUGGCAGAAAUACUUUCAUGAUGACACAGCACUGCAGCUAUGUUUGAGGGAGAUCCAGCAGCAGAGGGCAGCAGACAGGAUGAUGCAAGUGUUUAACCAAAUCAAACCUGCCAGGAUUACACAUUCACCGAAAUUUCUGGAUGUAUCAUUGGUUCUUUGGCAUUCAAAUGGCCAAUGGCUUACUAUUGAAAGGAACAUGUCUGGUAACUUCCGCAAGUACAACAACAACACAGGAGAGGAAAUCACACCUUCCUGUUCACUGGAAGAGUUACUGCUUUCGUUUUCACAUUGGACCUAUGAGUACUCAUCCAGGGAACUUCUGGUGCUUGAUGUACAAGGUGUCGGUGAGGAGCUGACCGAUCCGACAGUCAUUAUGGCUGAAGUGCACAGUGGCAGCAUGGGUGAGAUGGCAUUUGGUCCUGACAACCUUGGAGAUGCUGCCAUUACUGCUUUCCUGCAAAAACACACAUGCAGUGCUUGCUGCCGCAUGUUUGGCCUCUCAGCUUUAAGGAGGCAUCUGGACACAUGCAAGAACAGCAGUGAGCCAGGGACCACGCCGUGGGAAGCAGAACAAGAGGAUAAGGGGGGUACAUAG